CAAACACGCGGAAUCAGAAACAGUCGUCUUCAACCUCUGGAGAAUUUGAGAAUCUUAAAAGGCCAUCUCAAAGCAUUUCAUAGUUCUAACUGAAUGGCGUACUCAAACGCCUACGCACCUUCGGCACCGGAGCUACCAGAAUCGUACGUUCAUCAGCAACACGACGGUGAAAACAGAUACCGUUACGCGUAUCAACCAACUCAACAAUUCACCUCCUCCUCCGGGUCCGGGAUGUUUUCGUCGGAAACGCAUCCGGAUAUUGUGAGGAGCUUUGAAUCGGCGGAUAGAGAUCGGAGCGGAUUCCUCGAGGAUUCGGAGCUCCGGCAAGCGUUGUUGUGUUCUGGCUACCAAGGGAUUAGUAACAGAACGAUUAGGUUUCUUAUGUUCAUCUAUAAGAGUCCUGGAGAUUCUCUGCUUCGUCUUGGUCCUAAGGAGUAUGUUGAGUUGUGGAAUUGUCUUGCGCAAUGGCGUGCAAUAUUUGACAGCUACGAUAGGGAUAGGAGCGGAAAGAUGAAUUAUACUGAGCUAAGAGAUGCUUUCUAUCAUCUCGGGUACAUGCUUCCAACCUCGGUUCUCCAGCUAAUCCAAACUCAGUUUGAUGAUGGGACUGGCAAAAUUGUUGAGCUCUGUUUCGACAGUUUCCUCGAGUGUGGGAUGAUUGUGAAGGAAUUGACAGAGAAGUUCAAAGAGAAUGACCCUGGUUACACAGGCUACGCAACAAUCCCUUACGAUGUCUUCAUGUUGAUGGUCAUUCCGUUCAUUGCCUCCUAUGAUUAAUGGUCACUUGCUGCUUCUUUCUUCUUUUUUUUCUCAGGCGCAGCUUAAAGUUGCAGAUAGAUAAUGGAUGUCUGAGUACUGAAUAGGAGAGUGAAACCAAACUAGUGAAAAGUGUAGCUUGAGAUAUUGUCAGAGACAGAUUAAUAAAUGAAAGUUGUAAGAUUAUUACAAUGUUUUUUUUUUUUU